GCCACAUUCCCGGCCGGGAGGGCCGGCGGCGGCGCCCUGGCCUCCGGGCCGGCUUCCCGCGCUCCCGGGACGCCUGGGCCCUUGGCGUCUCGCCCCCAGGCCCGCGAGGCCCAAGCCGAACUAAGCCCCCGAGACCGCGGAAGGGCCCGAGGACCCCGACAGCCCCGGCUCCGCUGAGGUUACAGGAGGAGCCGAGAACCUCAGGCAAAGCAGACACUGCAAGGAAAUGUGGAUCAGGCUCAGAAGGAAGAAUCGCUGAAUGGCUGACGUUUGACAACAUGCACCACCAGUGGCUUCUGUUGGCCGCGUGCUUCUGGGUGCUUUUCAUGUUCAUGGUGGCCAGCAAGUUCAUCACACUGACCUUCAAAGACCCGGACGCCUACAGCGCCAAGCAGGACUUUCUGUUCCUGACUGCCGUGCCUGAUGUGGGAAGGUCGCCAGGAGAGACACACUUCCCUGAGGAGCUGAAGCCGACGGGGAAGAUGCUGGUUGAGCCCCUGGUCUACGCGCAGCGCCUGGAGCUCAUGAGGAACGUGUGCAGAGAGGAUGCUCUGAGGAACCUGUCCCACACCGCCGUCUCCAAGUUUGUCCUCGACCGGAUUUUCGUCUGUGACAAGCACAAGAUUCUCUUCUGCCAGACCCCCAAAGUGGGCAACACCCAGUGGAAGAAAGUGCUCAUUGUGCUGAACGGAGCCUUCCCUUCCAUCGAGGAGAUCCCUGAAAACGUGGUGCACGACCAUGAGAAGAACGGCCUCCCACGCCUCUCCUCCUUCAGUGAUGCCGAAAUCCAGAAGCGCUUGAAAACAUACUUCAAGUUUUUUAUCGUAAGAGAUCCUUUCGAGAGACUGAUCUCUGCGUUUAAGGAUAAGUUUGUCCACAACCCCCGCUUUGAGCCUUGGUACAAGCACGAGAUCGCCCCUGGCAUCAUCAGAAAGUACAGGAGGAAUCGGACGGAGACCCGGGGCAUCCAGUUUGAGGACUUCGUGCGCUACCUGGGUGACCCCAACCACAGGUGGCUGGAUCUGCAGUUUGGGGACCACAUCAUCCACUGGGUGACGUACGUGGAGCUGUGCGCACCCUGCGAGAUCACGUACAGCGUUGUCGGGCACCACGAGACCCUGGAGGACGACGCCCCGCACAUCCUCAGGGAGGCGGGCAUCGACCACCUGGUGUCCUACCCCACCAUCCCCCUCGGCAUCACUGCGUACAACAGAACCAAGGUCGAGCGCUACUUCCUGGGCAUCAGCAAACGAGACAUCCGGCGCCUGUAUGCGCGGUUUGAGGGGGACUUUAAGCUCUUUGGGUACCAGAAACCAGAGUUUUUGCUAAACUAACGUGUAGGACCAUGAGUUCAGAUAUCUUUGUUAGACCAGAGGCUAACCAGGUGGAGCUCAGGCACAGAAAUGACACUUCUUCCAUCUCACUCCUCUUGAGGACUGCCACGCCCUGAGGACCGGGGUGCACCUUGCCCAGUGAAGCUGGACCCUGACUGUUACGACAUAGUCUGCGCAUAAGGUGCAUGGAGGGUCCUGGCCCCCACCCUCCAGUGCCACUGAGCCUCUGCUCUCCCCGGGUGGUGGGGAUAGCAUUAAACAUUUGCAGUCAGACAGAGCCAGGGGGAAAAUCAGACAGCCUUGAUCCUCUCCCUCAGUUAUCAGACACCUUCAGGGCAGGGCAGUGCUGUCUGUCGCCAGGGGACAGCAGGCAUGGCACCCAGCACUUUGAAGAGAGGCAGACAACGGUACCCUGCAGACAUCCCCGGGGGCCGAGACGGGAUCACAUCUGAGUAAUAAAGUCAUCUUCUGGCUCUCAUCUUGGCCGCCGCUGUCAUCGCAGAGGCAGACCCUUCUCUCCAUGGCUGUCUAGUUCCCGAGAAGUUCAGGAAUGACCCGAGGGUGCUCCUCCCCGUUCACCUUUUCAGAAUACACACUCUGUGCUGCUCUGCUGGAUUUCCACACCUUCACCUGCCAAGUGAUUAUCUCAUUCAGUCCACGAGACCCAGUGUUGGGUAGUGAGGGAGUGUCCAUUCUUCCCACCUGAGGAAGGGAGCAUCUUUGGGGGCCUUAACGGGAGCGUGGCCUGGGAAGGGGCAGGGCUGGCCGGGUGCCGGAAUCCAGGCUGCCCUGGACCUGGGCACGUCCUUCCCAGUGACUUUCUGCCUCUUGUCUCUGAUGGACUCACGUGGGUAGGCACAGAGGUCUUCACCCGUCUCCUCCAGGACCAGUCCCUCCUGGGGGCUGAAGGCAGGCACAGGCAGCAUGCCAGCAUCACCAGAUCAGUGCAGUGUGCACAUUUUAGUCUCCUUUCAUCUCAGCAAGACAUGUCCCACUGGGCCCAUUUCUGAUGAUGCCGUCAUCCUGACCCACGUUGGAUAAUCAGGUUCACCAGCAAUAAAACCCUGGGCCGAGGCAGCCCAUGUAACACAUCUUCCAGGCACUGAGGAGCAGCGGACCACACUCGCCACUUCAUGUGCCGGCCGACAGUGAGGCCCCUUGAGGUCUGGGACAGUCUCCCUGCAGAAAGUCCCCAGUGUCCAACCAGGCUGCACAGGGCUCGGGAGCCCAGCUCUUCCUCCAGGCAGCCCCUGCCGUCCCUUCCUCAGUGUGACUUCCUGAGUUUGUAAAUGUGAAGGUAACACGAAAUAAAAAACGUGCCAACCUGA